AUGACGACGUUUACGAGAAUACCCGAUGGGGAGACGCCUUCGAUUAGUAUUGAUGCGUCGAGGAGGUUGUCGAAGAUCGACCCUAUGAUAUAUGGAGGGUUUAUGGAACAUAUGGGCCGUUGCAUUUACGGUGGAAUAUACGAUCCUGGUAACCCUCUCUCCGACAAACAUGGUUACCGCACAGAUGUCCUCGGUGCGCUCCGCGAACUCGAUAUUCCUGUGAUUCGCUACCCUGGUGGAAAUUUCAUCGCUACAUAUCACUGGGAAGAUGGCAUCGGGCCUAGAGAAAAUCGACCGGCUCGACCUGAACUUGCCUGGUUAGGAACUGAGACGAAUGAAUUUGGAACUGAUGAAUUCAUGCAUUAUCUCAGUGUUCUCUCAGAAGGAAAGGAAAAACGAGUCGAGCCCUAUUUCUGUCUCAAUAUGGGAACAGGAACAUUGACCGAAGCAUUGGCAUGGGUAGAGUAUUGCAACGGUACUCGAAAUACCUACUAUGCCAAUCUUCGAAGAAAGAAUGGACACGAAGAACCAUACAAUAUCAAAUACUGGGCACUAGGGAACGAAGUUUGGGGACCGUGGCAAGUUGAGCAAAUGACUGCUGAAGACUACGCCAAAAAAGCCCUUCAAUGGUCCAAAGCUCUCCAUCUCCUCGACCCAUCACUUCAGCUCAUUCUGUGUGGUGAAACAGGUCUCUCCCCCUGGGAUCUUACCGUGCUACUACCCAAUAUUCACCACAUAACCAUGCACAGUAUCCACAUCUACAGCACCUCAUCCCAACAUCUACCCAACGCCCUUUCACCCCUGCAAGCAGAAACCGCCAUUGAAUCCGCCGCCUCCCUCAUCCAAAUUGCACGCAUCCAAGCCAAGAUCCCUCCCUCAGUACCUGUCCCCAAAAUCUGCUUCGACGAAUGGAACGUCUGGGAUCCAUUGCGCGCACCCGGAGAAGAGGGCGCUGAAGAAAAAUAUACUCUAAGCGAUGCUCUAGCUGUCGGUGUAUGGUUGAAUGUUUUUAUUCGACAGAGUCGCUAUGUGGGGAUGGCAAAUUUGGCUCAGAGCGUCAAUGUCAUUUCUCCAUUGAUGACAAGUAAAGAUGGGAUUAUUAAACAAACGACUUGGUGGCCAUUAUGGCUAUAUAGUAAGUAUAUGCGCGGAUGGACUCUGGGAUUACAUGUGAGAGGUGGGGCGUACGAAGGGGUUCAGGAACCAAAGUGGUUGGGCAGUGUAGUGGGUGAACAGGGAGGAGCAAGCUGGUUGGAUGUAGCGGGAAGUAUAGAUGAAGAAGGAGUGAUUAGUUUGUGUGUUGUGAAUGUGAGCGAGGAGGAGAGUUUCGAGACGGAUUUAUUGGGGGUGAAGGGUGAGGUUGAUGUUUUCACUGUCACUGGAGAUAAUGUUAAGGUGACAAACACUGCGGAGAAGGAGGAAGUCGGUAUUAAGGAAAGUAAAUGGGACGGAAAGGGUAAAUAUACUUUUGGAAAACACUCUCUUACGAUGUUGAGAUGGGCAACGGGAGAGAAAGUUGUGGAAGUCAAGAGGGGUGAGGGAGAGAGAUUGGAUACGAGAAAGUUGGCGUGGGCGGGUGAUAGGGAACUUGAGAGAUCCUAA